AUGGUUUACGAGAGCGAUUUCUAUACAACGCGCCGCCCCUACAGGCCCUCCACCUACAGCACCACGCGGCCGGGGGACUGGGAGCUGGUGCCGUAUGUGGCGCGGCCGAGCCUGGUGCCAGACCCCGUGACAGCCUUCGGACGACGCUCGCGGCCCGGCGUACGCGCCUCCGUGCUCGACCCCUUCGUCCGGCAAAACAUCCCGCCCAAGCCGGAGUCCAAGCUGGCGCCGCUCGCGCCCUACGUGUCCCCGCGUGAGCAGACACGCGCGCGCGUGCUGUCCGCCGUGGGGCAGCGCGAGCGCGCCUUCGAGGCGGACCCGCUGGGCACGCCGCGCGACCACAUGGACGUGGUGCUCGCGCAGGCGCACGGCCGGCCUCAGCACGCCGCGAGGCGUCACACGCCGCGGCACUACGUGGUGGUGGACCGCUCGCCCGCGCCGCGCCGCGCGGAGGAGCAGUACUCGUACUCCUACUCGAGCACGUCAGAGCGCGCGGGCGCCGGCUUGCCGCAACGCAGCUCGUACAGUAACACGGUGGAGCGCCGCUCCACCAGCGGCCCGGGCGGCUACUCAUACUCCAGCGAGCGCGCCAGCAGCCUGGGCGGGCCCGGCGGCUACUCCUACUCGUCCACCACGAGCGGCCGCCUGCCCUACGGCACCACUUACCGCCACUACUCAUACCGCCCGCUGACGUCAGUGUACUACCUCUCAUCCCUACUACCGUAUUACCAUAUCCCGUACGUCACGUACAUACCCAAGUUGUCUCAGUCGGAGCUGAUAUACCGUCCCACAACUCGCACUGUCACGCGACUCGUCACGUACCCCGAGCCGCCGCACCACAUCGUGCGCGUGCGCGUCCGUCCGUCCGUCAUUUUGAGGGAGCUCGACCGAAUUCAAUACAAGCGUCGUCCCGCUACCGCAGUGUCUGCUUUCGAUGACUACUUCAGAUCCGAAUCUACCAAGGCUUUCGAAGACGAGACUCAUCGCAUCCGCGCCGACACAGCGUCCCUGUUGCAGCGCGCACGCUCCGUGGUGCCUCGCGCGAAGACCUUAGCGCCACUCGACACCAUUUACUCUUACUCUUACGGAGAGCCGGUGCCUUACCGCUUUAGCAAUGACGCUUAUAUCGCUAAGCUGUUGCUCCCACUGCGUAGCGUUUCGGACAACAUCCACCACAUUUCCUUCUACUCAGAACCCGCUAAAAAGUUCACAGGACGCGGGCACCUCGCGUGCCUACACUAUUCCGGUAAAAAGGCCUUCUCCAACCGCAGGCCUCUCUACAAGGAACUUAGCAUCAGGGAUGACGUGAAUCUCCUUUCAUUUUACGCGAAGAACAGACUGGCCGCCGCGGGUCUGGCCACCGAGCAGACCACAGUGAAACUCCUCCCGUGGAGGCCCAGCCGCAAGUUCCAGGCGCCACAGACGAUGGAAGAUCCUGGUCUGGAGUUGAAAGCGGCGAAGGCGGAACGUGCAGCAAGGUUUAGAGCUACCACAGCCGAGCCUGUCCUCGCACCGGCCGCUGAUCUGGCUGAAAUUAAACGAAAAAGGCAGGAAGAGGCUCGCGCUGCUGAAGAAAAAGCUUUGAAAGAAGAAGCUAAACGUGAAGCUGAACGCAAAGCGCAGGCUGAACGUGAAGCCGCAGAAAAAAAGAAGGCGGAAGAAGAGGCGCGUAAAUCUGAAGAGGCUAAACGCAAAGCUGAGGAAGAAGCUAGGAAGGCUGAAGAGGAAGCUAAGAAAAAAGAAGAAGAGGCCAAAAAAGCUGCUGAAGAGGCAGCUAGGCAAGCUGAGGAAGCACGCAAGGCUGAGGAGGCUAGGUUAGCGGAAGAAGCCCGACUUGCCGAAGAAGCACGUUUAGCCGAAGAAGCUAGAUUAGCUGAAGAGGCUCGUUUGGCUGAAGAGGCCAGACUAGCCGAAGAAGCCCGACUAGCUGAAGAAGCCAGGCUUGCUGAAGAGGCGAAGUUAGCAGAAGAGGCGCGCUUGGAAGAGGAGAGGUUAGCUGAACAAAGAAGACAAGAAGAAUUAGCCAAAUUGGAAGAAUUAGAACGUCAGGCUCAAGAAGAACGUGAAGCUGAACUCGCUAGACAGGCGGCUGAAUUAGCGGAAAUUGCCAGACAAGAAUCAGAAUUAGCCGCCGCUCGUCUUGAGGAACUGUCACACAGUGGGUCUGCAGGAGACAGCACCGCUGUUGAAUCAAGUGAAGCACCUGCAGAAGAAACGCAACCCAUUGUUGAGGAACCUGAAAGUCCCGACGUAGUCCCCGAAGUUCCCGCUGAAUCCCAAGAUGCUCUGGAAGUCAGUGAAGAUGAAAAGGCGGAACCUGACGUCACUGAUGAAGAA